ACACAGGAAUGCUCGGUUAAAUUUCAAACCCGGAAACGGAAACAUUAAAGCCAGAGGCGACGGGUGGUUUUUUUUUUUUUAACUUUCUUUUGAAUUCCAGAGAAGGGACUAGAGAACUCGAAGUGGUACGCGAUAAAGAUGCCUUUUGAAUGCAACUAUGCUUUGCUUCACACUGGACAAAGAAUGCCUUUUGUUGGAUUAGGUACUUGGAAGAGUGAGGCUGGAAAAGUAAAAGAGGCUGUGAAGUAUGCCCUUAGUGUGGGCUAUCGCCACAUUGACUGUGCUACAGCUUAUAGCAACGAAGCAGAAAUAGGUGAAGCUCUCCAGGAAACUGUUGGGGCUGACAAGGCUGUUAAAAGGGAAGAACUAUUUGUUACAUCAAAGUUAUGGAACACCAAACACCAUCCAGAAGAUGUGGAGCCAGCUUUAAGGAAGACUCUGCAAGAUCUAAAGCUGGAUUACCUAGACCUCUACCUUAUGCACUGGCCACAUGCUUUCGAGCGAGGAAAUAAUCUCUUCCCCAAGAAUCCUGAUGGUACAAUGCGUUAUGAUUAUAUUGACUACAAAGAUACAUGGAAAGCUAUGGAAAAAUUGGUGGAAAAAGACUUGGUGAAAAAUAUUGGGCUCUCAAAUUUCAACAGUCGACAGAUUGACGAUGUUCUCAGCAUAGCUUCUGUCAAGCCAGCAGUUCUACAGGUGGAAUGUCAUCCUUACCUAGCCCAGAGAGAACUAAUAGCUCAUUGCCAUCAGCGAGGCCUGGUAGUAACCGCUUACAGUCCUCUUGGUUCACCUGACCGGAUGUGGAAGCACCCAGAUGAGCCAGUAUUGCUGGAAGAACCUGGGAUAAAGAAACUGGCAGAAAAGUACAAGAAAUCUCCUGCUCAGAUUCUUCUCAGAUGGCAAGUUCAGCGGAAAGUAGUUGUUAUUCCCAAGAGUGUUACCCCUGCACGCAUACUCCAAAAUCUUCAGGUGUUUGACUUCAGCCUGACCAUUGAAGAGAUGAGCUUUAUUGAAAGCCUGAAUAAAAACUGGCGAUACAUUGUGCCAAUGGUCACGGUGGGAGACAAAAUGGUAGCAAGGGAUGCUGGACACCCUCUAUAUCCCUUCAAUGAACCAUAUUAAUUCGUAAAGCUACCCAAAUGAAAGAUGUAUUUCCGAUUCAUGACUGCUACUGCCAUCAAUUACUAGAUUUUAAAAAAUAAACCUAAAUAAAGUUUUAUAUCUGUAG